AUUGGGUUCACCUGCUGCAUUAAAUAUACCCUGGUCAGGAGGAAAAAGGGGCCAUAAUAGAGAACUGGUUAAGAAAUACUUUGAAUAAAUACAGAUUACGCAAAUGAAUGAUCGAAGCAGAAGUUGGAGGGGCCAAGAAUGUGGGGAGGAAAUAUAUGCUGGUGUGGUAAGAGUAGGAAGUGAGAUGCAGAACUGCAACAGAGGAGAGGUCCCCGGAGAGCUGAAGCGACAGCAUGGUUUCUGUCCCUGAAGUGGAGCUGCUCUGCCAAGCUGCAUUCCUCCUUUGCAUUGGCUGUGGCCUUCCGUGCUUUUCAGCUUUUAGCCUCAUCGAUACCGAGGCUCCUGUGAUUUUCCAUGGUGAGAAAGCUGACCAGUUUGGCUAUCGCGUUGUCCAGACGAAAUCCGGUGGCACUUCCUGGUUGGUAGCGAGCGCUCCCCUUGCUGGCAAUCGGACAGGUUCCCUUUUCCGAUGCUCAUACGAUACACAGAAAUGCCAACCAAUUGUCCUCCACCACACUUCUGGAAUAUCUUUGGGUCUUUCGCUGGCUGCUGAUGAAGCAUCUGAAUCCAAAAUAAUAGCCUGUGGUCCAACUUGGGAACGACGAUGUGGGCAGCUUGAUUAUCUGAAUGGCAUCUGCUAUAUUCUGAAUAGCUUUGGUCAAGAUGUGAAGGAGAUCCAGCCAGCUUUCCAAGAGUGCAUAUUUGGUGUGGAUGCUGUGAUUUUAUAUGAUGAUUCUGGGAGCAUUCGCAACUCUGACUUCCACAUCAUGCAGAACUUCUUCCUGAAGCUGAUGGACUCUGUGACUGGGGUGGAUGUGCAGUUUGCUGUGGUUCAGUACUCCACUGAACCCUACCUUGUUUUUGAUUUCACAUUUUAUAAUAAAACUAGAGAGCGGGUAAAAGAAGUUAUCCUCAAUACUGUUCGUACCCGAGGAAACACCUACACUCCUACUGCUAUUCGCUUUGUGGUAGAGAAGGUCUUCACAGCAAAACAUGGCAUGCGCCCUCACAGCAAGAAACUCCUCAUUGUCCUGACAGAUGGCAUCUCCAAUGACCAAAUGAACACAUUUGAAAACACAACAGAAGCUGCCAGCAAGAAAGGGAUAAUCCGCUAUGCCAUUGGGGUUGGUCGGGAUUUCUUGACGGCUCAAGAUGAGCUGCGCAAAAUUGCUUCAUCAAAUGAAAAUGUCUUUCCUGUGGCAAGUUUUGAGGGACUUGAUCAGCUUCAGAAACAGCUGAAAGAUAAGAUCUUUGCUAUUGAAGGGGUCUCUGGAACAUCACCUGGUGCCUCGCCUGGCAGUUCUUUCCAGAAAGAACUUUCCCAAGGCGGAUUCAGCUCCCUUCUUACACCGGAACAUGCGGUGACUGGAGUUGUUGGUGCUAAUGGCUGGACUGGGGGGUUAGAAGAAGCAUCCUUUGGGGAACCUCCCGUGACCAAAUUCCUGAACAUGCCUUACAGCAGCUUGAAGGAGUCGUAUAUGGGUUACUCUGUGGCUUUAGCUCGCUUUGGCCAAUGGAAAUUCUACAUCACUGGAGCUCCUCGGUACCAGCACGUUGGCCAAGUCCUGGUCUUUGAAAGCAAGAGUGGACACUUAAUAGGGAAUAUUCAGGGUCAGCAGGUGGGUUCUUACUUUGGUGCUGAACUUGCCUCUGUGGACUUAAAUGAAGAUGGAAACACUGAUCUCCUUCUAAUUGGGGCUCCUCUUUACUACAAUGGAAGCCAAGGUGGGAUUGUACAAGUCACCUCCAUCAGCAACACGGGUAAGCUUGUUCACCUUCAGACAUUGCAUGGAGUCCCAAGUAAUGGACUAGGCCGUUUUGGGGCAGCUCUCUCCGCAUUAGGGGAUGUGAGCGGUGAUGGCCUUACCGAUGUGGCCGUAGGAGCCCCCAUGGAGGAUGAAGAUCGAGGGGCCAUUUACAUCUUCCUAGGUGAAACAGGCAGACUGAAGGAAACGUACAGCCAGCGGAUUUCUGCCAUCUCUGUUUCUCCUAUGCUCCAGUUUUUUGGGCAAUCCAUCCAGGGAAGGUUGGAUCUGAGCAGGGAUGAGCUGACCGACCUAGCCGUUGGGGCUCUUGGAAGUGCAGUGCUGCUUCGAUCCCGGCCUGUUUUUACCGUCCUCACUUCACUGAGAUUCUCCCCUCACUCAGUCCCCCUGGAUGACCCAAACUGUGGAAGCAGGAAAGUUUCUGGAGUUAGUCCUCGUGGGAAAGUCAGUCUUUGCUUCACCUUGAAUCUACUCAGCACGAAUUGGAACUCUGGUUCUCUGAGAGCCAUAAUCUCCUUCAUCCUCAAGUUUGAUGUUAAGCAGACCUUACCACGCCUGAUGCUAGAGAAUGAGGCACCCAGUUUUUCAGAUACUGUCCGAAUUGGAGUUAUGCCCAUCUGUGUCAACAAGACCCUGUGGGCUCAGGUCUGCCUGGAUGACUCCUUCUCUCCAGUUGUGCUGCAGACAAACUUCUCAGUGCAGGAAGAACCAGACGCCUCUGACAGGAACCUCCGACCCGUCCUUCACCCUGAGACAAAAACCUCCACUGACGUCGAGGUUCCCUUCCAGAAAGACUGUGGUCAGGAUGGUGUGUGUGCGCCUGAUCUUUCUGUAUCUUUUAACUUUUCAGGAUCUAAAGGACUGAGGCUGAACCCAAAUUUCAUACUGAACUUAACAGUGAAACUAGAAAAUCUGGGAGAAUUGGCAUAUGAGCCCUCCAUUUCCUUUCAGUACUCUUCUGUUUUGUCCUUCCAGGGAGCUUCAGUUCUUCAAUCAAAUUGGCGCCUGUUCCCGGCUUGUCAAAUGCAGGGAUCCCAAGGAAAUACAUCCGUACGCCACAGCUCCUGCCAUUUCAGGCCACCCGCUCUCAGGAGAGGCACUCAGGCCUUCCUCCGGGUUUCCUUCCGCUCCUCCAGAGGUGAUACCUGGUAUGACAAGUUUGUAUACUUCAUCGUCCGUGCGCACAGUCAGAAUGAGAGCAGCAUGCAGGAAAACAAUGAGGCUACUGGCCAGCUACCUGUUUUGCACCCCAUCAACAUCAUAGUGAAAGGGCUUAAAUCCAUUACAUACCUCAACUUCUCUACCGAGAGCCCAGAGAAGAAAAUACUUACACAUAGCUAUGAGGUGAGAAAUUUGGACUCAAACUCUACUGCAGUCAAUGUGACUUUUGAGCUUCCUUUAAAGACAAAACAGGGGUUCUUCUGGAAUGUAACCCCAUCCUACAGUGAUGUGAUAAAUAACUUCUCAUGCACACCGUUGUUCACUCUCAGAACGGGAAUCCACAGGAAGAACAGCACGAAACCCAUCACGAGAGGCUGUCUGGGAGCUGUUGCUUGCCCCAAAAUUCACUGCUUUAUCAGUAGUCUUGCUAAGGGAGAAUGGAUCAUGUUCAAUUUUUCUGGAGAUUUUUACAGAGAAGAUGAAUCUUUCAAACUGAAGUCCGAAAUAGUUCAUCUUCGCAGCGAGGCAUCCAUAAGAGUGGAUGAGACCAGAUUUUUCCUGAAUGAACGAGAGGAUUUCCAUUUCAGCCAGAUCACCACAGAAAUUGAGUUGAUUUCGCCGUUCAAUCCUGUUCCCAUCAUCAUUGGCAGCAUCAUUGGAGGCAUUGUGCUUUUAGCCAUUCUAGUGGCUGUCUUGUAUAAGUUUGGAUUCUUUAAACGCACCCGUGCACCCCAAAUGGAUGAAAAUGCAGCAGGAGCAGCUGUUCCCAGUGACCAAGCUCCUCCAACUUCAGCUGGUUCCUAAGGGAGAAGGGGAUUCUGGGUCUGGGUACAACAUGGAAGCCUGGAUUCCUGCCUUGUCUGGAACAAAAUUAAUACAGCCAGUGGCUAAGGGCCGAAAAAUGGAGAGGCAGGACCUCUGGAUCUUCUAGAAAAGGAAUGGGAUGGAUGGGAAGGGGAUUAGGAGAUGAGAGGGCUAGAAGCCAAGUAGAAUUAACUAAUUUAAUAAUUUUAAUACAAGAGAAAUUUAUAUUUAAAACACAAGGGUCUGGUGGUAAUUUUUUGCCCACAAAAGUGGUUUGAAC